CAGAUAAACGCACGCGCGCCACAGCAACAACAACCGCCGGUUUUUCUCCUCGGGUAAACGAGAUGCGCGGAAAACGACCUGGAGCUCAUCUUUAAACAAACACAUAAAUACAUAAGGAGGGGGAUGUGUUUUCUCUUGGACACGGUGUUCCGGGUAAUAACAUUUCAUCGACAACAUAAACCGGGGCGCAGAGAGAGACGGGAUUCAGGAGACGGUUACAGCCGCGAGCUGAACGGAAAUAUUAACGUAAGCGUCGCUAAUAACACACCGAAAAGUCUGCCGAUGAAGAAAAGCAAACGUCUGGGAUUGGGAAUUAAAGAAUGGCCGCUCCUGAUCUUCUGGACCCCAAAGCUGCUGCUCACAACUCCAAGCCCCGCCUGUCUUUCUCUGCUAAGCCGGUGGUGUUGAACACUCAGGAUGAGUUUGAGCCACGCGUCAGUGUCAUGCGCUGGAAAACUGUACUAACCGUCUUCCUGCUAGUCGUCCUUUACCUUAUCAUGGGUGCCACGGUGUUCAAGGCCCUGGAGCAGCCGCAGGAGAACUUGCAGAAACUCACCAUCCUCAGCCAGAAGCUUCAGUUUCUCAUCGAUCACCCCUGCGUCAACUCCACAGAGCUGGAGGAUUUAGUGAAGCAAGUGAUGUCAGCCAUUCGAGCCGGCGUGAACCCUUCUGGAAAUUCGUCCAACGUGACAAGUUUAUGGGAUCUGAGCAGCUCCUUCUUUUUCGCCGGGACUGUUAUCACCACUAUAGGAUUCGGGAACAUUUCCCCUCGUACAGAAGGAGGCCGGAUAUUCUGCAUCGUGUACGCGCUGCUGGGAAUCCCUCUGUUCGGCUUCCUGCUGGCUGGAGUUGGCGACCAACUGGGGACCAUAUUCGGAAAGGGCAUCGCUAAAGUCGAGAAGAUGAUUGUGAAAUGGAACGUGAGCCAGACGAAGAUCCGCGUGAUCUCCACCUUACUCUUCAUCCUCUUUGGCUGCCUAAUUUUCGUCACGUUGCCAGCCAUCAUCUUCAAGCACAUUGAAGGCUGGAGUACCCUAGAGUCCAUUUACUUCGUUGUCAUCACCUUGACAACUAUCGGCUUUGGUGAUUUCGUGGCAGGUGAAGGUGAACGCCGUCACCACCAAGACAGCAACAGUGGUUCUGAGAUGGAGUACUUGGAAGACUAUUAUAAGCCAGUAGUAUGGUUUUGGAUUCUGGUGGGCCUGGCAUACUUCGCUGCAGUGCUCAGCAUGAUCGGAGACUGGUUCCGAGUCAUCUCAAAGAAAACAAAAGAGGAGGUGGGUGAGUUCCGAGCACACGCCGCAGAGUGGACGGCCAACGUUUCUGCUGAAUUCAAAGAGACGCGUCGCCGCCUCAGCGUUGACAUCUACGACAAGUUCCAGCGUGCCGCUUCCAUCAAGCGCAAACUCUCGGCAGAGCUCGGAAUCAACAACGCGCCGCUCAGCCAGGAGAUGACCCCGGGCAAGAGGGCGCUCUCUGUCAACUUGGGAGAUGACCGAGAGACGUAUCCAUCUUUUCCACUGGCACGCAAUGGCAGCCUCUUCCUCAAUGGCCUCAGCCCGGAGUACGCAGACCGGCGCGACAUCGCCAUAAUAGAACAUCUGAAAUAAGAACCAAGGAGGAGACAAUAAUGAGAUUGAAAUAAUUAAGAAUGGAGUGUUGGAGAAAGAACUGAGAGAAAGAAGUGACAAAGGAAGGUAAGGAGUGUGAGAACUGUGUGGAGGAUUUCAGGAUUAGAACUUCUGCACUCUUCGUCUCAGAGAGUUUACAGGAUUAAUCCCCCUGCACACUGACCCUGGACUCCGGCCUCUUCUCAGAAAAGCUCACCACUGGGUGCUCAAGGCUCCGAACCAAUGAAACACUCUUUGCAUCAUCAACGAUGAACCAGUUGUGUCUUUUCCUUCAAAAAAAGUGACGAGAACUUGUGGAAACUUCUGGAACUUAUAAAAGCAACCGUUUGAAUGUGUCUCCAUCGUUCUCAUAGACCGAAUUGCGUUUUGUUUCGUUUGGUUUAAAGUCUUAGAGUUUUAGACAGAUGUUUCAGAUCCAUCGUAAAAAAGCAAUGUCCACGUCCACAUCUUUUUAGCUCUGCAAUUCAUUUCAGUGCCUUAAUAACUAGAGAAUUCUUACAAAACUGCAUGUGUUUGAUCUAUUUCUGGAAUCUGCUUGGAUAUUAACCGAAAAGCAACCCACAUAGGGUUGAAAAUCCAAACAGGUGGGUAACCCUGGGGCUGCUGUGGUCUUCUGUUGCCAUGGUGAUUUGGGAAUAGGACACGAGCGUCUUGGCCAAAAAAAAACAACAAAAAACUACAAGGAUCGCCAUGGUUACUACAGCAUGGCAACCGAGUGUAGUCUGACUCUCACACACACUUCACACUUCACACAGACUACAAGUGCAAAUCAGAGACAUGCCUCCAGAGCGAUCCAGCGGCAUUUCAGACGCAGACUGAGGUCACUGUUCUGUGCUACAGUCAAUUGCAUUCACUCGUGUCUGUGAUGAUGUAAUGAAACAUGUGUGUUGCAUUUGCACUUUUCGCAUCGCGAAUACACACAAGGUUUAAGUUUGAAGUGAAUCACAAACCCGAUAAACUUGUCAUGAUAUGAUGAUGAUAAUAAAGCCGCGUUGGAGAAAUAAAUAGCAAUAUUUAAAUUUUGUUUCCAUAAUUAUUAGCUUUGCUGUUACUUCAUUCUGGCUGAAGCAACAAAUUGGCCUUACGAUCCUCUUGAACUCCUCGGAUAAGUAUCGCAUGUAGACGAAUCGUCCGAAAGUAACGGUUAAGAAAGAUAAAACAUUCGUAGACAAACGUUUAUUCAGUUACUGCAGGAUUUCAGAGAGUUUUUUGUGAUUGUUGCCAAAAACGCUCGUAUUUUUAUUUAUUUUUUUCAAGAUUUCCGAUAAGAGCUUGUUUUUCGAGACGAACCUGGAAAUGAAAGGUACAUUGGAAGAAUUUGGUCGUAUUAUCCGUCCAAUCCUUUUCUGCUUAAACAUAUUCACUUUUUUUUAGAGACUCACAAGAAUUUAUUUAAUUAUUUUUUUGUCAGUCCUAAACACAGCACUUCCUAAUCUGUAUGUUAUGUAUGUUAUCUGAAGCAGAAUGUUUUAAGGCGAACAUAUGCAACAUAAAGGGAACGCGGCAAUAGAGACGGUGUUGACUUUUACUCGAAGUAUCGAAACAUUUCUUCUCUAUUUUUCUAAUCAGCUUUAGCACCAAUGAUGUUUAAAGUCCACAGGGUGAAUGAGAGAGGAGUGUCAGCUCGUGAAAAAGCUUAGCUCAAGGAGUUGGACGGUUAAAAGCCAUCGUUUACGGUGGUAUAUUUUUAGAAAAUAAACCAUAUAUCAUAAAUAAGAUACAGAAUCAGUGGUAUCAUUUUAUUUAAAAAGAAUUCUUACUUGCCAAAAAAAAUAGUUUUGGAUGUGGAUAUGUGAAAGCUGUUAUGUAAAGCCAAGAAGCGUGCCAUGGUACCAGAACCCAAGACUAGUAGACUAUACUGUAGAAGACGUUGUGAGUAGGAGGUGGUUUCAGGUUCCACUAAAACUGUGUUGCGAUUCCUAUGAACGUGAACGCAAGUAUUAUUCGGAUCCACGCUUGUCCAGGGAGUAAAGUAAAAAGAGUAUCCUGAGCAUGUAUUUUAAUUCAUCAUUAGCUUUCACAACAGACGUGUACUAUUAAGAGACAGGUGAGGUGCCUUACUGUGCGUUCCGGUGUGACUAUAUGGUUGUGUUUUCUACACACUUUUGUGAUAGGAGAUUUUAAGCCUUUGUGUUUGAGAGACUCGAGUGAAUCUAACAUUGUGGAGGUGCCAAAACAAUCGCACUAGGAUUUGGACCACAGCAAACGUGCCCGUUGUGAAAACCACCUCAGCCUUUUUUGAAAUUAUUAUUAUUACGAUUAUUAUUAUUUUACAGAUGUAUUUUUUGAGUUUACUUCCAAACCUGGUGUUUUUGUACUGUACCUUCAGCCUUUUCAUAAUUUUUAGUAGAAUACGUCAAAUUUAAAGGUUCAAACACAGGAAAUGAUCCCUAGCAGGUGAAACAGUGAGGCCUUUCUGAAGCGGUGCAACAGCCUGAAUUAUAUAUUAAUAUAAACCCGAGUCAUCACUGAAUUAAAGGCAGCUCACGUCUGCGUAAAGAAUAGCGGUGCACAUUUAGCUUGAAUGUACUGCAUGCGAGAAAGAAUUAGCAAAUUACAUUGCUAAAUAUAAACCGAAUGCAUGUACGAUGAUUCCUGAUUCGCUCACGGAUGACGUUUGACGUGAUGGUUUUGACAGGAAUCUCUCGGGUCACAGAGGGGAAGGGUGUAAAAGUGAAAAAAAAAAAGAUACUGCAGCUCAGAUAAGACCUUCUGUUAGAGAAUGUCUACUGCCUGCAGGGGAUAGUGUGUGUGUGUGUGUGUGUGUGUGUGUGUGUGUGUGUAUGUGUUAUCAAAAAGCUCAGUCUGGAAGUGUAUGGUUCAGAAUACAGCUUUAAAACAAUGACAAAAUAUCAUAUAUAUUGUAUAAAUAUCCAGAUGAAUUGUGGAUUCUGAUUGGUUAGCAGCUCUGACAUCAUCAGAUCAGUUUUUUAUUGAUAAUGUAAAUGUAUUAUUUAUGGUUGUGAGGCAAAGCUGUAACAUUUUGUACGUUUUGCCUCAUGGGAAAGUCUUCAGGACAAAGUUGUUUUUUUUUCCCCCCCCACAACAAACAUAAAUAUAUAAACAAAUUAAAAAUGAUCUUUAAUAGCUGAAAAUGCUAAGCGUUGAGUGCGGGAUACAAACAGGUUAGUAACAGUAACUCAGCUUCAUCGGCUUCAUCUGUAGUUGAUACGUUUUCUAGUAACAGCACAACUUGAAGUGUUUCAUUGCUCACGUUAAUUUUUUUCUACUGAUUUGUGUUACGUUCCACACGUUCAGUGAUUUUAUCGCCGCAAGUCUCCAGCCGUGCGCUAUAAAGUCGGCAGUGGGUGUUUUCCAACUUCUGGUUGCCAUAGUAACAGCAUUUAUCGGCAUUUACUAGCUUUCCAAAUAAUUUUUUUGCAGCUAAAAUAAACCAAUCCGGAAAGAGAUUCGGCUUUUCCUCGAGAUAAAUUCACCAGUGUGUAAAAUUCAACAUCGUGUCAUCCGUGAUGAAGGAGAAGCGGUGUCAUCUUCACCCUUCUUGUCUUCACUCCCUUUCCCUUUUCGUUUUCGUCGCACCGAGCUGCUCAGUAUUUGUACUAAGAAAACCUUUUUCAACUUUGUCACGCUGACGGACCUAUCUACUGUAGGCACCUCCAUCAGAAAGCAGCUCUCAGUGAAAAUCAACGCUUUGUCCCCGUGAGUUGUUGAAUGUGUAAACGUAGCAUUAUUGACAUUUUCCAGGAUUUCCAUAAACCAGUGGUACGAAAAACACAAGCUAACACCGAAAGCUGAGUCAGUGCAUUAAUUAUACAUCUUUUCACUCUCAUUACUCACAAAAAGAAUUGUGUGGUUAAUUGUGCCAUCUUUUGCAGAGAUAUCUUCUAAAAUCAGCCUUAUUUGUCCCAGUAGCUUUAUGCUUUAUGUGACAUGUCGACACGUUGCCAGUUUGUUCAUAACACUUUUUUUUGUUGUUCUUUUUUUUUGCUUUUUUUUUGGCCAAUUUCUCAAUCAGAAUGAAUGUACUGUACCUCAAGCUUUUUUCUCUAAAGACCAUGAGAUCACUCACGAAUGUAGGCAUGUCUACUUAAGUAUAUUGUGUGUGUGUGUGUGCGUGUGUGUGUGUGU